AUAAUGGAGAAAGACUACAGACCCCCUCCUUCUGUUCCUCAGAUGAAUCAGACAGGCGUAAACUUCCCUGGCCAGCAGGCCGUGUACCCACCACAAGCAGGUCCACAAGCUCCACCUUAUCAACCACCUCCUUAUGGGUUUGGGGAUCCGACCAUCACUGUCCAGCCCACGGUGAUCCCUAUGGCUGCACAGAUGGUGGUUGUGAGUUUUCCUGAUGUACCGGUCCGCACUACCUGUCCUCACUGCAUGACAGACGUCCUCACAGAAACUGAACAUAUCAAUGGAUUGCUCACCUGGCUAAUUUGUGGAAGCCUUGCGAUCUUUGCGUGCUGGCUCUGUUGUUGCAUCCCGUUCUGUGUGGAUGCAUGCAAGGAUGUGAAGCACACCUGUCCAAACUGCAGAAAGAUCAUCCGCAUUUACAAACGUAUGUAGAACAUACUGCACAAGAGAACAUGAAGAUCCACCAAAAUACUGAAGAGUUGCCCAGAAAUCACUUUAUGCACUGUUACCUUAUUACAAAUUUGUGACAUUCAAAGCGAUUCAAUAAAGAUUGAUUGAAGAUAUCA